GGGAUUUUCUUCAACCCCAGCUGUUCUUCCAGGCAUAAGCAUUGUAAAUGUAGGCUACUGCUAUGCAGCAUCACGUUGCCAGGGCAGUGUAUGAUAUGUUGAACGGUCCCCCCUCCCCACCCCCCAAAACACCAAUAUUGUAGAACAAAGUGUGGGGGGAGUACAGAGAGUAAUUUGUGGGGGAGAUGUGGGAGAAGACGUUUACUAACUAACUAACUAACUAACUAACUAACCAGCACUUCAAAAUUCAAAUAUAACUCCAACCACUCCACCAUCCCAUCUACUCUCUACGCUGGAAACUCAAAUAGCAAAUACACAAUGGCUGCUCCCAGCCCCGCGCCCAGAGGACCCUUCCGCCUGGUUACAGUCAACACGGCGCCCGAACGCGCCAAGCGGCUCGUCGGCCGCAUGGUCGAGGCACUCAAGGACCGAUACACCAUCAUCCACGUGGACAACUGCGAGAAAAUCGAAGAAGUUGCCCCAAAAGUAACGGAGCACAUGCCGGAUGUUCUGUUCAGCGCGUCCAUGUGGACAGACGAGCAGGCAAAGGAGAUCCAUUCCAUUGCGCGAGGAAUCCGACCGGAUAUCAAGUUGCAUGCCAUUCCCGAGGGUUUGCAGGUCCAGCGGGGUCCGGAUGCUGUGGUGGAGUAUCUUUGCGAGAAGGUGCCGGGGCUGUUGGACGGCGAGCAGUAG